AUAUUUACUUCUCUUUGAGCAUGAAAGAGCUUUUGUUAAAUGAUGAGUAACGAAAUAAAGGAUUCAUACUGUUCAGAACACGUCACUGAAGCUUCAAGCAGAGCGGAUGAAAAACGAAUACAGAAGUGACUUUCAAUCAUGAAGGUGGAAAGCAUUAUGGUAACUGGGGCAAACAGGGGCAUCGGCUUAGAAUUCGUGAGGCAGCUGAGUCAGUUGAACGAACCACCCCGCUUCAUUUUUGCCACUUACAGAAAUGAUGACACUUUGAAGGACUUACGAGAAAUCGAAGAAUCAUCAACGAAAACCAAGAUCAUUCUGAUUAAAAUGGAUGUCACCAACCCAGAAGAAAGAGAAGAGGCCCGAAACGUAGUCGAGAAGACCGUCGAAGAGCGCGGGCUCAACCUGCUCAUUAACAAUGCUGGAGUGUCAGAAAGUCAGGUUUUCCCUCAUCUGACAUCUGAAAAUUUAGAAUUCCAUUUCAAAGUGAACGCCGAAGCCCCUGUCAUGAUUUUUCAGACGAUGCUGCCUCUCUUAGAAAGGGCAGCCAAGCUCCAUAGUAGCGCGGACACUCUGAGUGUUUCCAGAGCAGCUGUGCUCAACAUGUCUUCGAUAGCCGGAAGCAUCGCCAACGUCGGAGUCGUGUUCAGAAGAGAUUUAGUUGUUCCUGCCUACAAAAUCAGCAAGGCUGCCCUGAAUAUGGCAAUGCGAGUCAUAGCCACCAGUGUCAAGGACAAAGGAAUCCUGGUCAUUCUGAUGUGUCCUGGCUGGGUGAGGACUCCAAUGGGCACGCAGAAGGCAGUCCUGGAACCGGAGGAGAGCAUCGGGACUAUGAUCAAAACUCUGCCCAAGCUGAACGAAUCUCAUCACGGCGUCUUCAUCGACAGGACAGGAAAUCCCUACCCGUACUGAGAAUGGCUGUUCAAAGAAAUCCAGCGCAAGAAAGAGCGAAACGCUUCCUUAAUAGUAAAUAGAGAGUGGAUUAUUACAACUGCAAUAACUGCGUUGUGCAAGUUUUCAAUAAAAAUUAUGUGUGAGAAUGUU